UAAAUGCCCUGGCUGCAAUAGUUCGAGGCAGCCUUCCUAAAUUACACAGAAACAUCCUAACUGCAUUGAUUACCAUUGAUGUGCAUGCAAGAGAUAUAGUCACUGAACUUGUUCAAUCCAAGGUGGAGACAGUUGAGUCUUUUGACUGGCAGAGACAACUGCGCUAUUACUGGGAUAUAGACCUGGAUAAUUGUGUGGCUAGAAUGGCGCUCUCUCGGUACACUUACGGCUAUGAAUAUUUGGGUGCAUGCCCAAGAUUGGUUAUUACUCCACUCACAGAUCGCUGCUAUCUUUGCCUCAUGGGAGCUUUGCAGCUUGACCUUGGGGGUGCACCAGCUGGUCCUGCUGGCACUGGGAAAACAGAGACUAUCAAAGAUCUGGCAAAAGCUCUUGCCAUCCAUUGUGUGGUCUUUAACUGUUCGGAUGGUUUGGACUACAAGAUGAUGGGGCGCUUUUUCAGUGGCUUGGCACAAUCAGGGGCCUGGUGCUGCUUUGAUGAAUUUAAUCGAAUUGACAUAGAAGUUCUGUCCGUCAUUGCGCAGCAACUCAUUACCAUUAGGAACGCCAAAGCAGCAAAGCUCUCUAGAUUCAUGUUUGAGGGGCGGGAAAUAAAGUUGGUGAAGACUUGUGCAGCCUUCAUCACAAUGAAUCCUGGCUAUGCAGGCAGAACUGAAUUGCCAGAUAAUUUGAAAGCCCUGUUUAGACCGUUUGCGAUGAUGGUUCCAAAUUAUGCCUUGAUUGCAGAGGUAAUUCUAUAUUCUGAAGGAUUUGAAUCCAGUAAAAUAUUAGCAAGAAAAAUGACUCAGAUGUAUAAGCUUUGCAGUGAGCAGCUGUCUCAGCAGGAUCACUACGACUUUGGCAUGAGAGCUGUGAAGUCUGUCCUGGACAUGGCUGGAUCCUUAAAAAGAGAAAACCCAAACCUAAAUGAAGAUGUGGUGUUGAUAAGAGCUUUACGAGACUCCAAUUUGCCAAAAUUUCUAACAGAUGAUGCUCUUCUGUUCAGUGGAAUCAUAUCUGACCUUUUUCCUGGAGUCCAAAUUCCAGAACAUGAUUAUGGUAUUUUACAGUCAACAAUUGUGGAUGUCAUGAAUGGACAAAAUCUUCAGCCUGAGAUGUGUAUGAUUAGAAAGGUGAUACAGUUGUAUGAAACAAUGCUAGUAAGGCAUGGUGUUAUGUUAGUUGGACCAACAGGAGGUGGCAAGACCACAGUUUACCGAAUACUAGCAGAAACUUUAGGGAAUUUACAAAAACUUGGGAUAGAAAAUCCCUUUUACCAACCAGUUAAAACAUAUGUUCUCAACCCUAAAUCAAUUACCAUGGGUGAAUUAUAUGGAGAGAUUAAUAACUUAACCUUGGAAUGGAAAGAUGGUUUGAUGGCACUAAGUGUCCGAGCAGCUGUGAAUGAUACUUCAGAAGACCAUAAAUGGAUCAUCAGUGAUGGGCCAGUAGAUGCUCUUUGGAUUGAAAACAUGAAUACAGUGCUGGAUGAUAACAAGAUGCUUUGCCUGGCUAACAGUGAGAGGAUUAAACUCACACCUCAAAUUCACAUGCUUUUUGAGGUGCAAGAUCUGCGGGUUGCCUCCCCUGCAACUGUCAGUCGAUGUGGAAUGGUGUUUGUGGAUCCUGAAGAAUUGAAAUGGAUGCCUUAUGUUAAAACUUGGAUGAAGGGUAUUUCUAAAAAUCUGAAUGAGGAAACCCAAGAAUAUAUAUUAAAUCUUUUCCAACGUUAUGUUGAUGAAGGUUUACAUUUUAUCAAUAAAAAGUGCAGCCAAGCAAUUCCACAAGUGGACAUCAGCAAGGUUACUACACUCUGUUGCUUAUUGGAGUCCUUGAUACUUGGGAAAGAUGGAGUUAACUUGGCAAUGGAACAAACAAAACUGAACACUAUACUAUGUCAGACUUUUGUAUUCUGUUAUUUGUGGUCUUUGGGUGGAAACCUAACCGAAAACUAUUGGGAUUCUUUUGAUACAUUUAUUAGAACACAAUUUGAUGAUAAUCCUGAUGCCAGGCUUCCCAGUUCUGGUGAUCUGUGGAGCAUUCAUAUGGACUUUGACACCAAACGGUUGGAUCCCUGGGAACGAAUCAUACCUACCUUCAAAUACAACAGAGAUGUUCCAUUUUUUGAAAUGCUUGUCCCCACAACUGACACAGUGCGCUAUGGGUACCUAAUGGAAAAACUACUGGCAGUCAAGCAUUCUGUGUUGUUUACUGGAAUAACUGGAGUGGGCAAGUCUGUGAUUGCAAAAGGAUUGCUAAAUAAAAUUCAAGAAUCAGCUGGUUAUGUCCCUGUUUAUCUGAAUUUUUCUGCUCAAACUUCAUCUGCAACGACACAGGAGAUCAUUGAGUCAAAACUGGAGAGAAAAAGAAAAAAUAUUCUAGGAGCACCGGGAAACAAACGAAUUGUGAUUUUUGUUGAUGAUUUAAACAUGCCCAGACUGGAUCACUAUGGCUCUCAGCCUCCGAUUGAAUUACUUCGGCAGUAUCAAGAUUUUGGGGGAUUUUAUGACAGAAACAAAUUAUUUUGGAAAGAAAUACAGGUUACUUUAGCUUUUAAAUUACUUGGUGUGCUUAAAUUUAAAUGUCAAGGAAAUAUGAUGUAUACUUUGUGA